UUCACCAUAAGAGACCUUGGUUAUUAUAAAGUUCACAAUUUUUAGCUAUAACUUCCAAUCGUGACAAUUUAGACCUCGUCUACAAUCCAAUCGGCUAGAGAGUGGAGAGAAUCUCAGAAUCUUCAUUUCUCCCAAACCCUAGAUUCCUCACGAAAUGGCGACGGAGAUCUCCUUGGAUCUAAUCAACCAACUUAAGCUCUCGCUUCGUAGGAACGCCAAUCUCGAUUCCUCUUCCCCCAUCCUUCUUCCCACAGCUCCGGAGGCGAUCUCGGAACUCGACGCCUCCUCGCCUCCUUACCUCCGUUGCCGGAGCUGCAAAGGAAAGCUUCUGCGAGGGAUCGAGUCUCUGAUCUGCGUUUUCUGCGGCGAGCAGCAACGGACGAGCGAUAACGCUCCUGAUCCGAUCAAGUUCACCUCCACUUCCGCUUACAAAUGGUUUCUCAGCUCUCUCAAUCUAGAUGGAUCGGAGAUGGUAGAGCCGUUAGAGGAAACGAAUGUAUCAAGAAGAGGAGGUAAGAUACCUGUAGUGAAAGGAGUUGCUGCUUUGUCUGAGUUUCUUGAUUUGGAAGUGCAAUGGUCUGCUAGAGCUGAAACGAGUGAUGGACUAUCAGUACAGAAUAAAAGCCCUCUGAAUCUAGGAGGAAUCAGUCUUGAUGAUCUUUCCAAAGUUGAGAGUAAACGGGAGGAUGACGAUGAUUUUAAGGAUCCACGUAGUCUUAGCUUGUUUGAUAGUAGUGUCAAGAGCCAAGGAGUUGUUGAAUCGCAGCAGAAUGAUAAUGUUGGUUUGAUUAAGGGAAAAGCUUCAUCUGAAGGACGUGAGAGUCUUAGUUUGUUUGCGGGACAGGAUAGUGAUUCUUUAGCAGAGAAGGGAAAUUUUGGGUUCUUUGAGGAAAAAGAUUCUGAGAACUCUUUUAAAGAGGAUAAGAACCUUAGUCUGUUUGAUGGGAAAGAUUCUCUGAGAACUAGUUCUUCUAGAAAAGAUGAUGAUAGUUUUGGAUUCUUUGAGGGUAGAGAUGCUCAGGGAACAAGUUCUUCUAAAGAAGAUGAGAGUUUUGGUUUCUUUGAAGGCAAAUAUGCUCAGAGGAAUAGUACUUCGAACGAGGAUGGUAAUCUUGGUUUGUUUGAGGGUAAAGAUGGUCAGAAAAAUAGUUCUUUUAAAGAGGAUGAAACCUUUGGUUUGUUUGAGGGAGUGCCAUCAUCAAAUGAUGGCCUCAAGUCUUUUGAUGACAAGGUUGCUGCCUCUUCUUCUGAUUGGGAUUCUGACUUUCAAUCUGUCUCCCAGGAAAAAAAUACUGGCGAUCCUUUUGUAAGUUCUCCAGUUGAUUUCUCUGCUCAUAUGGAUACUGUCUUUGGUUCCGGAAAACCAGCAGAUUCUUCAACUGCAUAUGUUUCCAAUGCUGGUGACUGGCUGCAAGAUGAUUUUUUUGGUAAUGCUACUGGCAAGUCUCAGAACAACGACCAGACUGCCAAUGAUAAGAAUGAGGGACAAGUUGUGGGAGGAAAUGGAAGUCCAUCCAUGGAUAUUGAUUGGAUUGGAGAAGAUCUAUGGCAAACCAGUGAAAAGAAAGCCGUUGAGAAGACACCUACGGAUGAUAAUGAUGAUGAAGAUGACUGGAAUGAUUUUGCUAGCUCAGCUAACUCCAAGACUCCUAGUAAUCUGCUUUCGAGAACCAUGGAAAGUUCCCAAGAAGAGAUAUUUGAUGGGAUGUCACGUGUUAAGAACGACGUUAAAGAACAGAGCGAAUAUGAGAAGCAGAAUACUGGUACAAGCAUGAUAUCUGACAUAGCCAAAGUUCAAGAAGAUGAUCUCUUUGGAAAUUGGGAUAGUUUCUCAUCCUCAGCCGUUUUGCAAACACCUGUGCAGCCUCCCACAAGCCAUGUGACUCCAUCUCCUGAGCAGAAUCAGGGGAUGAACUUGUUGGAGGAAAGUAACCACCACAGAGACCUUGAUUCUGGUUUGUUUUCGGAAAGUAUUGGGGGCCACACCAACUCAGAGGAGGUCACAGCCAUGCCUUCCGGAACCUCCUCAACCUCAGAGAGAACGGGUGAUCCUGAUGUUCAAGAUCAAGUAACAACUGAUUCCCGCAAGUCAAAGAGUGAUGUUGCGGAGGAGGUGAUGUCACAGAUGCAUGAUCUCUCGUUUAUGCUCGAGACCAAACUCUCUGUGCCUCCAAUCUCCAAGGCAGAGUAAUAUUAUGACAUAUUGUACUAUCUAUCUAUCUAUCUCUCUUUCGCCUCUCCUGUUUUUUCUUGGGGCUCGAAGAUUGUUUGUAAUCACGAACAUAUUUUAUUUUCAAGAAAUCAGAAGAUCCAACUUGCUUUUGCA